AUGGCGCGGGUUGAAACAACGGCCAACAGACCGUACCACCUGGUCAUUUUCGGAGCCUCCGGGUUCACUGGGCAGUUUGUGGUGGAGGAGGUGGCCCGAACCGCAGCCGAGGGUCCGAAGGGGACCCUGAAGUGGGCUGUAGCAGGCAGAAGCAAGCAGAAGCUGGAAAAAGUUCUGGAGCAGGCCGCUGGAUUCCUCAGUAAACCUGAGCUAAGGACAGAGGUGGACAUCAUCGUGGCUGAUGUAGAAGAGCCUGACACCCUGGCAUCCAUGUGCAAACAGGCUGUGAUUGUUCUUAACUGUGUGGGGCCUUACAGAUUCUUUGGUGAGUCAGUGGUCAAAGCCUGUGUAGAGAAUGGAGCCCACCAUAUCGACAUCAGUGGAGAGCCUCAGUUUCUGGAGGGCAUGCAGUUGAACUACAAUAGCCAAGCUGCUGACAAAGGCGUGUACAUCGUCGGCAGCUGUGGAUUUGACUCCAUACCUGCAGACAUGGGAAUCCUGUACACCAGGGACCAGUUCAAGGGUACACUGACUGCAGUCGAGAGCUUCCUUACUGUCAAAACCGGACCUGAUGGUGGGAGUAUCCAUGAUGGCACCUGGCAUUCGGCUAUUUAUGGGUUAGCUGACCGGCCGAAGCUCCGGAGUCUCAGGAGUAAAUUUAAUCACAAACCUCUGCCUACGGUUGGCUCCAAGCUUAAGCGCAGAGGUGUGCUGUUCUACAGUAAUGAGAUCCAGCAGUACACGGUGCCCUUCAUUGGCUCUGACCCGGCUGUUGUGAAGAGAAGUCAGCGCUAUCUGGCAGAGGAACAUCAGGAAACGCCGGUUCAGUACGGGGCCUAUGCAGGAAUCGGAGGUAUCGGAAACGUUGUGAAGAUGAUAUUUGCAGGCAUGAUGUUCUUCUUGCUGGUCAAGUUCAGUUGUGGACGCAGUCUGCUCCUCAAGUAUUCAGAAUUCUUCUCCUUUGGCGCUUUUACCAAGACCGGACCAACCAGAAAACAGAUGGCGGACACAUCUUUCCAAAUUGCCUUCUAUGGGGAGGGCUACAAGGAGGGAGACGAUCCAUCACAGGGCAAACCUAACAGCAAGAUCCAAACUCUGGUUAAAGGGCCAGAGUGUGGCUAUGUGACCACACCUAUCGCCAUGGUGCAGGCUGCUCUAACGAUCCUCAACGAACCUGCAGCUCUGCCCAAGAAGGGAGGGGUUUAUACUCCAGGAGGUGCUUUUGCCAAAACCACACUGAUCAGCCGUCUGCACAAACAUGGCAUCCAGUUCUCCGUCGUCUAAGUUUGUCCCCUCCCUGAGGAUGUACUCCAGAUUUCUCUGAUCAUUUAUGUAACAACAGCUGGAAUUUGUCCAGCUUCAGAAGCAUUAAGCAUGCAAGGCUUUACUUUAAUAUACACACACUGGCACUGAAUUUUCAUUUAAUUCAAUAAUUCAUUUCCUUAUUUUGUGUUUUACAUUAGGUUAAUGGUUUUCAAUUUUGUUUCAAUAAACAGUCUGAUUGUAAAAGACAAAUGGCACAGCUGUUGCAGCAUUUCAUAUCUGAAAAAAAGCUUUACUAUUACUACUACUAACAAUCAGACCAAAGAACAGCUGAGUUUGUGCAUAAGGCACCCACUGACCUCCUGAGCAGAACAGCUGUAGAGUCCAUUUUGGGUGGAAAACCAAGCUUGAGGAACAUGUCCCACAGUUGCGUAAGCUGAUGAAUUCAUAACAUUCAGCGGAACGUUCCCAGAUCCUGUUGAUUGUGGCAGGAGGAGGCUCAGUGAGGUAGCUUGACUCCGCUAUCAGCUGUGUAUGAAAAUCUAGUCGUUAAUCAUUGUUCUUGAAAUAUAUAUAGAGCUGCCAUGUAUGUACACGUAUGUCUAUCAGUACUAAUGUGGUAGUUGAUAUACAUGAAGCUGUCAAUAGAGUAGAAACCUCUGUGCACCACCACGCUUGUCUUGGCCUGAGCUUCUAGUUACAGAUGAGAUUGCUCUAGUUAGUGUGAAAUAGCACUACAUUCAAUGCUUUUUUUGAUUUGUGGCUGAAUAGUGUGUUUGUGGUUUCCCUGUCCAAACAUACAUCCAACAUGAAAAUCUCCUCUCUGCUGUUCAGUUGAAGCUUUAGUUGUAAAAACACAAACAAAGUUUUGGGUCCAUGUCGUAGAGACUGAGGCUGUUUUGGGUUGUUUGAUGUCCUUUGCUUGUGUGGGCCCUAAAUAAAGUCUGCUAGUAGAGAACGUC